UCCCCUUCCUCACAAAUGUCACCAACUAGGGAGCAGCCAAUCUUCAGCACCAGGGCCCACGUCUUCCAGAUUGAUCCUGCCACCAAACGGAACUGGAUCCCCGCCAGCAAACACGCUCUCACCGUCUCCUACUUCUACGAUGCCACCCGCAACGUGUACCGGAUCAUCAGCGUGGGGGGCACCAAGGCAAUCAUCAACAGCACCGUCACCCCCAACAUGACCUUCACGAAGACAUCCCAGAAAUUUGGGCAGUGGGCAGACAGCCGAGCCAACACCGUGUACGGGUUGGGCUUUGCUUCCGAGCAGCAUCUCUCCCAGUUUGCAGAGAAGUUCCAGGAAGUGAAGGAAGCAGCUCGAUUGGCGAGGGAGAAAUCCCAGGAUAAAACAGAGCUGACCAACCCUGCCCUGAGCAUCACAUCUCACCAGGUACUCCCCAGCCCCAUCAUCAGCUCCAAUGGGCCAGGAGAAGAUAAACUAUUCCGAAGCCAAAGUGCUGAUGUGGAGGUAACAACGGAGAAGGAGCGGCUGAAGAAGAUGCUCUCUGAAGGUUCUGUGAGUGAGGUCCAGUGGGAGGCCGAGUUCUUCAGCCUCCAGGACAACAACAACAAGCUCGUGGCUGCUCUCCACGAAGCCAACGCCAACGUGGACCAGUGGAAGAAGCAGUUGGCUGCUUACCAGGAGGAGACGGAAACGCUGCGGCAGCGGGUAGCAGAACUGGAGUCACAGGGCACUCAGGAUUCCUCCAGUGAGAACAACAAGGAAGAGCUGAGCCAAACCCUGGAGGAGCUGGAACUCCUCAUCAAGGCUAAAGAUGAGGAGAUCCAGAUGCUAAAGAGCCAGAAGUGUGGCCGAUGGGAAACAGAGGGCGAGCGUGAGGAGACACUGCAGAAGCUGCAGGAGCUGGAGACCCGCAACGCAGAGCUGGAGCAGCGCCUUCACCUGGCUGAGCAGAGCCUGGCCGAGACCCUGGCCGAGAGGGAGAAGAUCCAGAACGAGGUCACCAAGGUGGCAGAGAUCAUGGAUGUGAAGAUCUUUGAGCUCAGUGAGAUCCGGCAGGGACUGGCCAAGCUGGUGGAGAGCAAUUGAGCAGCAGCUCCCUCAGAGGAGACGAGCCUGAGCUGGGACAGUC